AUGGUUGUGACAUUUUGUGAACGACUUGGCUGGACUUAUUUGCAGAGUGUCCUGGACGGGUUUGCCGAAAGACUAACAUUUGGUGUGAGCAAAGACUUAACAGAACUGGUACAAAUUGAGGGAAUUGAUGGAGCACGAGCACGAGCUUUUCACAGUGCUAAUGUUACAACGAUUGCCACACUGUCAAACACAUCAGUAAAUGACGUUGUAAAAAUUUUGCGAUCCGCCGUUCCUUUCAUCAAGUAA